AUGGAGUUUAUUUUGCUUCUUGGCAAACCUAAACGGACGAAAGCUAUGAAAGCAGGCAGUGCUCGCCAUGUAGUACUUGAAGAAGAGGUGAUCAAAAGGGUCAAAGUUGAAGUUCAAUCAACUGAAGACGUGUGGGCGCUUAAAUUAAUGAAUUUUAUUGUCGGUGCAAACCAGCUUCUAUUUGAUGGAUUAACACGUGAAUUACCUUUAGUGUGGUUUGUAGAAGGUGUGUGGAUGGUGGGAGUCAUAGAUGAGCUUCGGAUGUCUGUAUCAGAGUCCAAAAGAUUCCCAAUGUUAGUUGACACAAAAACCCGUGUUCAAGCAAAACUUCCAGGUGAACCGCAAAAAAGAAACGGAAGGCUUCAACUAAUGUGCUACAAGUACAUGUGGGACAGUUUAGUAGCUGACAAGUUUCCUUCACAAAAGUUUUUUGAUUUCUUUUCUUUGAACCCCAAUCAUAUAUUAUCGCCGCAAAUCAGAGAGAAUUCAGCAAAGUCAGGUUUUCCUUCGAAGACUUUGAACGAUGUGGUGAGAUAUUUUGGAAAUAGUUGUCAUUUGCUGCCUCAGGCUCACGACAAGCUACUAUUGAGGUUAGUUUGGGCAGUAACUUGA